AUGGACACAAUUGCCAAAAAAUACUCUUACGAAGCUACCCUGGACCGGUCUGCUUUUGAAGAGUCUGAGCAAGAUAUCCUUGACUGCGAGCUUCGAACAGGCGUCCCAGAAAUUAGUUUGCCACCAAUCAGUCGACCUACUGCCUUUUUACGUGCACACACAGACGACAAUGCCAACCCAGAUGUCAAGAUCAAGAUUGCACACGGUACAACUACACUCGCGUUCCGUUUCCAAGGCGGCAUUAUUGUUGCCGUAGACUCGCGUGCGACAGCUGGCAACUGGAUUUCGUCGCAGACUGUUAAGAAGGUCAUUGAAAUCAACCCGUUCCUGUUGGGAACCAUGGCUGGUGGUGCUGCCGACUGUCAGUUUUGGGAAACCUGGCUGGGCAUGCAAUGCCGGCUGCACGAGCUGCGCGAGAAGCAGCGCAUCUCUGUUGCUGCCGCCUCUAAGAUUCUAUCAAACCUGACAUAUGAAUACAAGGGCAUGGGUCUGUCCAUGGGUACUAUGAUUUGCGGCUACACCAAGCGUGAGGGUCCCGCCAUUUACUAUGUCGACUCGGACGGAACCAGACUCAAAGGCGACCUGUUCUGUGUGGGCUCCGGUCAGACCUUUGCUUAUGGUGUCUUGGAUGCAAGCUACAAGUGGGAACUUACUGUCGAAGAGGCCCUGGCGCUCGGAAAGCGCAGUAUUUUGGCCGCCACCCACAGAGACGCUUACUCGGGUGGUUCUGUUAACCUUUACCAUGUUACGGAGAAUGGCUGGAUCUACCAUGGAAACUACGAUGUCAAUACCGAGUUCUGGAAGGCCAAGGAGGCAGAGGGUUCUUUCAACAAUGUCGUCAUGUCUCUUCCCAAUUAA